UUUAAUACUUAAUUAGCCGAUUCACGAAAGCUCCACUUCACAUAUUCCAAAAUGUGCGUUGCAUCUGCAUAAUUAUUUCUUACGCAGAUUCUGAGAAUCAGUACCAAGGAAGAAGACGUUCGAGGGGAUCGUGCCAAGAAAGUCGUUAUCAUAGGCGCUCUCUUCGUGGCUUUGUGCGUGCUGAUCUUGGUGGCGUUGAGUUUACUUGGCCGAACUAGAGGUGGGGGCCCGCGACUUUGUCUGACGGACGACUGCUCGGCGCAUAGGAGUCUACUGAGCGCCUUCCUCAACAGCAGCGUGGACCCGUGCCAAGACUUCGACGCGUUCGUAUGCCCGAAGUCGGGUGCGAGCUUCACAGAAGCGCCCGCCGUCGGCGUCACCAGGUCCAUCCUUUCGCUCAUGCGGUGGCGUUGGCUGGACGGCUUGCGGAAGCUACUCCAACGCGGGAAGGAGCGCCUGGUCGUCGGGGGAAGAAAAGCGCUGUUCAUGUACACGAGCUGCAUCACUCAGGAGACGGAAGCGUCGACCAGAGACGCCGUGACGCUGUUCAUGGGCAAGCUGAACUUGCGACGGCCUGCGGAGCCCAUACCCGAUGGCCACGCGUUUGGAGUUCUUCUUAACCUUGCGUUCAAGUGGAACGCGCCGCUGUGGUUCAGGGUCAGCCUGCUGCCACAAGAGGCCCAUCACCCGCAUCGGCGACUCCUCGUCAGUACGAACCCUCUGAUGGCCGAGUGGCAGGAGUCGCUGGUAGCACUGAGGAGCGUGCGCGAGUACCGCGAGCGCUGGAGCGAAAGCCAGGGGCUGCUUCUCAACGACAGCGUGGUCGCGCGAAGUUACGCGAUGACCGUGACCAUCUUCCGCACGUUUCUGAACCACUCGGCGGACGGUGCUCCGUGGCAGUUUUUCCUCGAGGACGCCUCAAGGCACGUCACGUUUUCCGAGGACAUGACGCUGCUGCUGAACGAACACCUACAACCGAAGCGUAAUUUCUCCGAACGAGACGUGAUCGUCUUCGAGGAAACGGGCCUUUUGAAAGCAGUGAACGUUUGCUUCGCCUUGUACGAUGACUCGGAAUUGCUGGACCACAUUCACUGGCUCUUUGCGGAGACGUACGGCUCGAUAGCCGACCUGUCACGGCUCUCGGUGAACCUCCACGGCGACGACUCUAAGAGAGACAAGAGACGGCCGUACUACUGCGCCGCCGCGGUGGAAGCCAGCUACCCGUUACUGGUUAACGCGCUGUUCGCUGUGUCGCGGUUCACGCCCGCAGAACGGCAAUUCCUCGUUGACCUGCCAAACAAAGUUUACGGAGAGGCGGUCAAUUUGUUGAGAAAAGCCGAUUGGUUCGACUGGCGCACCAAGAGCAAGGCACUCGCGAAAUUCGAACGCCUACGGACUGUGCUGUGGCCUCGGGAGGACCUCCUGAAAGACGCUGGUAUCGCCGGCGUCUACCACGAUUUUCCCGAUAGCGCGCCUUCGUUCGACGCCUUCUGGGUCGAUACGCGACGAGCCAUGAGCGACUUCCAAGCCGAACGUGGGCCAGCAGCGGCCUUUGAGUUGACGAGCGCACCGAGCAGCUACGUCUUGCCGCUCGUCAAGUACACGCACGUUCUCAACACUGCCUUCGUUUCAAUGGGAGCCCUGGAGGUGCCGCUCUACUACAGUUCGGGCACCAUGGCGAUGCUGUACGGUGGACUCGGGUACCAGUACGCCCAACAGAUCGUUCGGGCGCUGGACAGAGUCGGCGUAACGGUGGACGAGCACGGAGACCGUGUGGAAAGCUGGCUUUCCGCUUCGUCGGCAGACGGGUUCGAGAAGCGAGUGAGAUGUCUCGGUUCGGCGGACGGCGACAUCUUUCCAGAGGUGCCCGCCCUGGAGGUGGCCUACGCGACGUACGUCAGAGCGGCCGCGGAAGGAAGAGACGAGCGCCGUCUGUACGCGAAUGUCAGCGAAGCGCAGAUCUUCUUUAUCACGAUGUGCCUCGCAAUGUGUCGACUGCCGAAGACGAGGAACUGCAACAAGGCUGUCAUGGCGUUCCGCCCUUUUGCGGACGCGUUCGGCUGCAAACCGGGCACCAAGAUGAACAGGCCGCAGAAGUGCAGCUUCUUCGAAUAGCAUCGUCGGUGAUGAACCAAUAGUCGCUGCAUUUUCCUCUGUUAUUUCUUUUUUUUUUUGUUUGCCCGUCAUUUGCUACGCCCCGCAAGGAAGUCGCAGGCUUCUUUUUUCUGCCGCCAUGCAAUGUGGACAAAUGGCACAGUUCGCGUCAAAGGCGUUCGUUUUUUUUUACUUUUUUUGUGAUUCUAAUUCUUUAAGAUUGAUUUCUUCAAGCGAUCGAUUCCACUGGCAACUAAGUGUUUUAUGUAAUGUUACACGUGAAAGCAUAAUGGAGUGCGCAAUAGCAUUUCUUUUCGUUGGUAUGAAUUGCGCAUACAUGUUUAAUUUUCCUGCACAAGAUUUCAACCCUGACUCGCGCUUUGAUUGUUAAGUGUUAUACAGUGAAAUGCGACUUUACACUCUUACGUUAAGUUCUUAUGUUGUUUAUAAAUUUGCCUAAUCAUUUCAGAGCUAGUUCUCAAGGCAGGGGAGUGCUUGGUCUGUAGUCGUGUGUGUAUAUAAUAUUUCGAUGUGAUUAGCAUUUCUUGGAACCUUUA